ACCCAUCCAGCCCCAGCAGACUACCCAGAGACCUAAGAUAUCUGAGUUACUGACAGUACAACAUUGUACAACAUUGUACAUUCAAGUUGGCAGUCUCCAGAAAAUCCGUCAUAUCGUGGUCUCAACCGCAGCUCCACUUCGCCGCAGUUUCUUGCUUCUGCGACUUCUUCCUCUCAACGACAGGCUGUCGUUUUUCCUCACUACUGCCACCUCGUUUUCCAUUUGCGAAUGAGAGCUAUUGCUAUUGCCUGCAUGCCAGGGGUCCCUGCGCGAUGGCUACGUUCUUCUUGAGCUGAAUACGAUUGCACCAGUCGUCGUGGCUCGGUAUGCUCUCCUCGCCACUGCACGCCACUUCUCGGGCUCUCCAUCGCAGGGAAAGUCUUCAAGAGCUUAGAUUGAUAGCCCUACCUAUGAUGGAGCUCCCCCUUCAUGUGCCACGCAGAUAGGACGGUACGCAAAUCCAAAGCGCCGAUCGCUGGGCACCAGAUUGUCUCUUCAAAGCAGCCGUCAGCAUUGCCGUUCAAGGCCUUCACCACGACCAGGCCUCGUGAUGACCAGCUAGCCUGUAUCAAGUCUUUGCCGUCGUCACGGGGCUUAGCUUAAUAUGCAGCUGUAAUAAGCAGGAUUGGGGUCGGACAGAUGCCAGAGGUCACUUGGGCGUGGGGACCGGCCGGUUGACAAUAUCCAACAAGACGAUCCCUGGACCACGCGACUGGGAAGUCUAGAACCGUUGAGUCCAACGCUGGAGCUGAGUUGCUGCGCGGGCCUCUUGCCGUUCCGCCGUCGAUGCGAGAGAAGCCAUUUAGAAUCAGCCAUCGACGAAGCCAAGGGGCCGCGUCGCAGUGCCGCAAUCCGCCUCAUGCAUGUUGCUAAGCUAAGUACCCAGUUGUGUCUUUACUCACUCCAACUCUCCAUGAUCUGCCCUCCGCCUCGUUAGAAGAUGCCCUGCAAGAGGCCCGCUCUCCUCCAUGCGGCCCUUUGUCAGCCCGUACUUUAUCAUCCGAGCACUGCGCUGAGCUCUACCCUGUUCCUCAUUUCCUCCCUCACAUGUGUCGCUGUGUGUCUCCGUCAGCUGUAUCAACAGGGUUCGGGGCAUCAUCACGUGUUGUCAUCAGACGAUACUAUCCUGGCCUCGGUGACACCCCUCAUAUGUGGCGCAUCGGAUAGAGUCCCUCAGUCCAGGCAUAGUCUUACAGACUUGAAGGCGGCCUUGAGGGCUACUUGACUUAACCAACACCCUUGCUCAGGCUGACUUGGAGAAUUUCGAUGAUAUCGGGACAGGAUCUCUUUGUUAUAUGUUGCUGGCCAAUGCUGCGGAAAGCGUUGAUGUUCAAUUAGUUUCAGAAAGUACCUCGUCGACCUUUUCGAGAUCAAGGCUGGUCGUCUGCGCGUAUUUCUACGUCGGGUUACAGCAUGACGGUAUGAUUUCAACGUCAAGUUCACGGUCAUCCGAGUUUUGGUUCAUGGGCAGCGACGUAUUUUGCUCGCUGGUACCAUGUCACACAAUAUGCCGGCAUCUGGCACCCAAUACGGGGUCUCCAGACCGAAGGGUGCUACCGUUCCACGAGCUGUCAAGUCAUCGGACAGGCAAGAUGCGCCCGCGGCCGGGCCAAAUCGAUCUGACCCGCCGACGGCCUUCAUCUCAGGACUUCCACCUCUUAUGACAGAGCCGUCGAACAGAGUGAGAGGAAAACCUCGCUCAAGGCCAACGGGCAUUCCUCGAAUAUCUGCAGCUCCCUCCACGGCACGGCCUGCUGCCCCUUCCAGUUAUACGCAAGGAUCACGGACAUCAAGCCCGCCAGGUGAUAUUGCUGCAUCUCUUACCCAGGAAGUCCCUCUGGUGAUGGCUAGCUACACGUCACCAGGAAUGCGAGAGACAGAAUCCACUACUAAACGCCCACUUCGUCCUUUACAGGCCACAAAUGCUGGAUACGACGCGCGAGCGUGGUUGGAUUCGGCUGCCGGCGAGAGAUUCGUGUCGUCGAUGCCCAAGCCGAAGACUCCAAGCCGACGGACUGAUCUCCCUCCUCAAUUAAUUCCUGAAUUACAAGCUCUGGCAGCACCGUUGACAAGGCGCCCCGAGGCAUUCAACACGUCUGUGAGUUCAAUAAGCAGUCCUUCGACCCGGUUUUCAAAUUCUACGAGCCCUUGGAGUGUAUCCACGACUACGACAACCCCAACAUCAUGGUCAUCAGCAUCUCCUGCGGCUGUACAGUCAAUCUCACCAAGGGAGUCUGAAAAGAGAUCACACAUUGUGGUGCUCCACAGUGCAACUCGCGAGAAGUCCCCCGAAAUUGCUCCUCGAACAGAGAGGCGACCUCAACCGCGCAGAGGCGAACGGUCUGUAAGCGCAAAUGAAUCAGACAGAUCUUCAAGCACUCAGAGAGCGCGGCUGCAAACUCCCAGACCUACACCACCUCUGAGGACGUCUUCGGCACAGCAAACCCAUGGUAAUAGUAGCAGCAAAAGCGAUAAGAGAAGUGGAAAGCUUGAACAAGUCACCGCUACGACGCCUGCGCGCACGGAGCGUCGUCCAGUCAUCAACUAUGCGUAUGAUAGCCCUGGGAAGACUAGUGAGUCUGUGCCUGCAACAGAACUGCGAAAGGGUCAUGGUGAAGUUGUCCCUCUAGUACCUGCACCCCGUUUGGGGGUCAUACACAGUAUGACGGAGAAAAUGCAUGGUGUUACUGCAGCUUCCACAAGUCGACAACGAGCGUUCGCAGCCUCUGCUGAAGAUAUCCUACCUGUCAAACGCGUCAACGGGAACCAGACCAGCCAUGACGCAUCCGAGAAUCGUUCACACACUCCUGUAAAUGAUCCUGGCAUGUCUAAGUUCCCUCCUCCAAGUAAGCUCUCUCGGCUGGGUAUGUUUGGCCGCAGGGGCAAGUCUCCGGCUCCCGCAUUGGAGGGCACCACCUCACGGAAGCUACAACGCAAGGGGCCUGCCGCCGGUACUGGUCAUGAGGGAUAUGGCAAAUACUCAAGACGAGGUCGCCGAGCACCUGAGGAGAGCGUGUCAGAGGGCAACAGCGAUAGUGAGAGAUCGGUCAGCAGCUCUGGGAGGAGGCACUUCUUUUCGUCCAGAGGUGCAAAUACAAGCCGCAGCAGCAGCCGCCAGAAUCGCAGCAGCCAGUCCGACCUCGAUGACUUUGCUGCUCCUCGCAUGAGGCCUGUCCCCAUCAUUGGUGGUUCUCGAGCUGCUGCCCCUGCCGUUCCUACAGGUGGCAGCGGACUCGUUGUCCAUGGCAAUACUCUGUCCUUGUCGCCUAUAGGCAGCGAUGAGCUGCAUAUCCGGCAACAAUCCCAGGACUCUGUACGUGAACGCCAAUCGCCGCAGAGCUUUGACCGCGCCAGAGAGCUAGCCCCAAAGUCGAUUGAUGCCCCUACUUUGGCCGUACGUCGGUCUCAGCGAUUUGGUCAGGACCACACGAACCUGAAGUUGCCAGCUCCGAUCAGGACCGAGGAAAUAUCGGCGCCUUUGUCAGAGUGUAGUCCGGGAGCCAUACGCGCAUCUGCUACUCUAAGGUCCAUCUCAACCCCCCGUACUUCAGCAGACGCCUUUCAUGGUGACGCUUCCCCUCUGAGAUUGAAGGAUAAGACAACUUGGAGGGCUAGAUGGAAUAUCUUUCGGAGAAGGGGUGCGAAGGAAGAAGGAGGAAUGGAAGAAGUGGACCAGAUUCGGCAUCCAGCACCAACAUCAUUUGAGGAAUUGCCAGUCAGCAUCUCCGCGGUCUCUGCUCCACGGUCGUUGCCAUACUAUGCAAUGAUGGAUUCUGAGAGUGAAACCAAUACGGCGGACAAUCCUGCUGACUUUUCACUGCAGCUGGGCGAAACGGCAGCAGCCAGAUCCAUCAUGGAAACUUGCGAAGCGGUCAUCGCGGAUGGCGAACAGACGGUGCACCCUAGUGACAACAGCAAUCUCCCCUCAGACACGUUUCUUUUCCCGAUUGAUAGAGCUACAAGAUCGACGCCGCUGCCCGAGGCAACCCAGCAGUUCUGUGUCGACGUUGACGAGCCACUACAGAAGCAACCUCGCUUGGCCCGUGUCGGAAGGAUUCCUCAGGUAGUCACACGGACUGAGGGACAAUAUACGCCCAGUCGCAUAUCGUUCUCGCAACCGUUUCUACGGCGCGAAGCUGUUGAGGACGCACGGGAUCAGCUAGAUACUAGGGCAGCUAUUUCUCCGGGGCUGUACCAGAAAAGCAUGCUUCCACCGUCGCGCAAGCCCUCUUCGAGGAGCUCCGAGAUAUCUACUUCUAGCAGCUCGAGCCGCUCUGCAGGGGUACUUGGCCCUGCUCUAGUCCCAUGCCCGCCUAGUCAAAGCGAAUUGGGACGGUCUGACUGUGAGCCAGACAUUCAGGCUCCCAACAAUCCCAGCUUUGACGAAGUGUGGAACGAAUAUGACGAUUUCAUUGACCAAGUAAUGUCGCCCUCGACUGCGACGAAGGACGCGAGCAGCACCACCCAGGAAGGCAAAUCCUGGCCGAGCCAGGCCGGACGGCGCUUUGGAACCCACACAUCUCACGGGACGAGCAUGAAAACGGAGGGUCAUGUGGAGCAGUCAAUGAGUCCCAAGGUAACUGUAACAGUUGCAGCGCAUUCUGCCGUACAUCACCCUUCAGCCAUGCCCGACGCAAGAAGAGAAGAGGAUACACAGCUGCGGAGGUCCAGGAUCGUCUCUGCCCUACAUUCGUCAGGUGAUCCCGCAUCACCCCUCUCUAUCCGCGACUUUCUCAGUGAGUACGAAAAUCAUCGGAGCAGCAGCACAGGGCUAUCUGAUCGCUGGAAAGAGUCCUCUACCAACCGUGCCGUGGACCCUUUUACAACUUCCAUGAACGAAGAGGGAGUAGAAAGGAAUAGAAACCAUGAGGAGCAAGUCGCCCUCAUGGAGGUCGUUGAGCGGAACAAGGACCCAAUAGCGCAAUCAGAGCUCCAUUUUGCUUCCUUGAUGGUUGCCAAAUGGCUUUCUUUUGGGCGGGUGCUGUUUUCCCCUGCGCAUGACGAGCUUCAGACUCACCUUGAACGCCAUAUCCUUGUCAUCGACGCUUUGGGCAAUGAGGAUUGGUCCAUUUAUUGUGCAGUCACAUAUGAGCCUCAACGAGCCUUUAUUCACCACUUGAGGGAAAAACCAGCGGCAACUGCUCUGAAAGACUUCAAAGCACCUCAGAAUAUCCCUGAUAACCAUCGACGAGCGCAAGUGACCAGCUUCUACGAGCGUUUCCCCUUUCCACCAGCGUUCUUUUCGGCAAUCGUGCUUCGGUUUCCCCCGGCAAUGGCGGAAGCGAAGUUGAAGAACAUCAUAUCUGAGUGCAGGCGGGUGCUACUUCCAGGUGGUUAUCUCGAGCUGGUGCUUCUUGACCUUGAUAUUGUCAACAUGGGGGUUCAAACACGCAAAGCCGUUCGGGAGCUCAAAUUACGAAUGACCACAGCAGACAGCCAAAUCAGCCUCCGGCCCAUAAUCGACAAUGUACAGGGUCUCCUUGGCGCAAGAGGGUUCUCAGGCGUCAGUCGUUGUGUCGUGGGAGUCCCUGUGGCAGGCCGCCCGACCGGCUCGACUGAAUCGUCGUCAUCCUCACGCUCAAGUGGAGGGUCAGAAUCCUACCCGACCCGCGGCGUCGGCAGCCCACGAAAAGCAACUGCGUCGCCCCGAAUGAACUUUGGUCACAGACGGAAGGGAACAAACCUGUCGUUGAACGAUCUAGUCGCGGAUCAUUCCGAAAAUGCCGAUGCAAAGAUAGGCAAGAUCGUUUCCAGGACGGCGAGGGCGUGGUGGCAGCAUUGUUUCGAAGCCAGUGUCAUACCCGACGGCAACCUUUCCAGAAGCGUUCUUGCCAACAAAAACGUUUUGGCAGAGUGCAGAAGCCGAGGAUCGAGUUUCAAGAUGCUGAUCGCAUAUGCUCAGCGCCCCGUUUUCGAGACGAGGCGCCGGACAAUGAGCGAACCCAUCGUGCCAACACGAGUCACUGCUGGGGCUCAAGGAAGGGCCCAGCAAUGACCCGGCCCCUCACAAACAGUUCGACGUGAACAUGAAUCAUGAUAUAUACAACGAAAUGAUGCUCCGACAUAAUGUGGUCCAGGUGACCUUGCACAUGAAAUAAUCAUGCAUGCUUUUGACAUGACUUCGAAGAGUGUUUUCCUCGAGCGGAUUUGGACCACAUACCUGUUAGCGAGCAUUUCCGAACGCCAUUGCUUGCGCGUCCUAUCUUUUCUUGCUGCUCGAGCAUGAGCUCAGCGAGCGGAGCACCCAAAAGUCCAUUGAGCAUGGUAAAGAUAUGACCGGCACGGGCAAGACUAAAACGGGCGCAAGCCCAAUUGACCAGGCAAACCUCUGCAGGCUGCAGGCAGCCAACUGCAUGUUAGCUAUAAUAUAUAAGUAAUACAUCUUGUUUCAUCCUUGAGGUCAGACUUCCC